CUGGUCUCCGUCGCCCCUGAAGCAAAGCAAAGCAAAGCAACCUCCACACUCGCUCCGCCUCCGCUCCUCCACUUGCCCCCUCUCCUCUUCCGUGCGCGUCCCGUCCACCGCCCCCGGCUCGCCCUCCCCCCCGCCGCUUACGCCACACCCAGCCCAAUCAACUCGCCGCGGACCGCGCCCAUGCCCUCACCCCCCUGCUCCUCCCAAAAUUGACCACCGCCUCCUCACACCCCGAUCCGUCCGUCCCCAUGGAUCGCACCACCAGCAACAGCGGCAGCAGUAGCACCACCACAGCCGCCAGCCAGAACCCGCACCUCGGCGUCAACAAGCUCGGCCGCUCCAUCCGCAAGGCCACGCCGCCGCCGCCGCAGCCGCAGCAGCAGCCCGCCGCCAACCGCCCGCCCCAGCCCCAGCCGCAGGUCUACAACAUCAGCAAGAACCAGUUCCGCGACAUCGUCCAGCAGCUCACCGCCGGCACACCGUCCCCGCCGCCGCCGCAGCACCACCACCAGUUCGCCCACCGCCCGCCGCCGCCGCCACCGCAGUCGCAGCCCAAGACGCCCUCCAUGCGCCUCCAGAGGAUCCGCCCGCCCCCCAUCGCAACCCCCGUCGCGCGGCCCCCGCCCGUGCACCCCAACCACCACGCCGUCCCCCACAACCCUAACCACAACAACCCCGUCUUCCACCGUCCGCCGCCGCCGCAGCCCCAGCCGCAGCACAUGCCCGCUCCCGGACCCGCCUGGGCUGAUUCCCCGGUCUCCGCGUACAUGCGCAUCCUCGAGAACUCCCUCUUCAGCGCCACACCGCCUGGCGCCGCCGCCGCUGCCGCUGCCGCUGCGGCUGCAGCAGCUGCGGGACAGGGGCCGCCGCCGCCGCACCCUCACCACCCCCAGCCUUCGCAUCCUCAUCCCCCGCCUCCGCCGCCGGUGCCGUCGCCCGGGAUACUUCCUUCCCCAAGCGGCUUUCUCAACCUGCUAUCGCCCACGCCCAGGUCGCCCUACCCGCUACUCUCGCCGGGGUUUCAGCACCCGCCGCCGCUCACGCCCAACUUCCCCGCGCUGUCUCCGUUGCCGGGGACCGGCAUCCUUGGCCCAGGGCCCAUGCCGCCGCCGCCGUCGCCGGGUCUCUGGUUCCCGCAGUCGCCGUCUGGGCUCCUUUCUCCAUCAGGCUUCUUGCCGAUCCUUAGCCCAAGGUGGAGAGAUAUAUAGCAAGGCUGCCUCUGACGGUCCUGAGCAAGGCGGCCGUGUAACAUUUGACGGUAGGGACAUAGCCACGGUGAGGUCAGUUGGGUCGUCCGCCGGAGUUGGCUGGAGAAACACACACACACAGUUCAACAUGGCAAUCGACAUAAGCAGCACUUCUCGGCAGGGACCACAUUGUAUACCUUGGCCUUUGGAUUUCAGAUAGAAAAUAUUGGCUCCUAGUUACUGCCUGGGCUAGCAUAGGAUAAGAUAAUAUUGUCUUAUGCCUAUGUCAGGAUAUUAAAGGAAAUCUAUUCACAUUGUUACAGUUGUACAGACUUUGUAUGCGUUACUAGCUUAUUUCCUUUCUUACCUACAAUAGUGGAAGUACCCAUAAGUUUAUGCAACACCAUAAUUGGGCACACACUCCUUUUGUAGCAUAUCUUUGAAAUUUUUCAAUGCCCCUAAUUGUCAUGAUUGAUUUUUCUUCAAGUGGUGUCCUUGAUGCACACUAUGCUUGGAGUCCCCAAAGUUCAAGUCUUUUUCCUAGUGGGAACUCUCAGGCUAUCUGAAUGGUCUUCUGGGUUAUGAUGAACACCAUGCCAUGAGUUCCAGAAAUCAAAUGUCUUUCCAUGUAGGAGUUCUCAUGCUUUGUAUAUCAUUUUGUAGCUAUAUGCUGUGUGGCAUAUUAUAGUUUGUUUGUGUCCUCUGUUUAGAAUUAAUAUACGAAAUAUUCUACUCGA